AUGUGGAUUGCUUGGGCCUCAUGGAAAAAGGACUAUGGCAUGGCCUAUGAGUAUGGACUGUGGGUGGUGGGGGGUGGCUGUGGCCAGAAGCAGGAGGCACUGCAAGGGAGGCCCUGGAGAGAGAUUCCUCCUGAAACCAGGAUCUCCCGCUGUCUUCCAGCCCUCCUAGGACCAAAGCUGAGCAGUGACCAGCCGGCCCUGAUCUACUGCACUCUGGGCCUCUGCCUCUGUGCCAUCAUCUGCUGCUUCCUAGUGGCAGUGGCCUGUUUCCUCAAGAGAAGGGGUGAUGCGCUCUCCAGCCAGCCCCCCACAGGACUAUGCAGAGCCCGAGACAAGUCCUCCCAUGACCCUGUGACGGAAGCUGGUGGCCCUGCGUCGCUCGAACCAGUGGAAACGUGCAGCUUCUGCUUCCCGGAGCGCAGGGCGCCCACCCAGGAAAGCGCGGGUGCACUGGGGACCCCAGGCACCACCACAGACCAGGGCACAUGGGGGCGCUGCACAGGGACAGGCGGCUGUGGUCUAGGCGUGGUGUGUGCGCCUGCCCAGGAAGGGGGCCCAGGCGUGUGAAGCCAGGGAUGGGAGGAGACCAAGAGAGGAGGGGAGAGACAAAAGAAGGAUGAGUGGCAGAGGGAAAGGGAGGAAAGAGUGCGGACAAGAUGCCAUAUGGGAGGACAGAUGCUUUUUGUCCCCUGACCCAGUGCAAACCAUAGGGCGACAUCGCCUACACACACUCGGGGAAC